CUGAAGGUGCACUGGGACGCGUACGUGUCGCCGGUGGUGCGUGGGGAGGUGAGCGCCACGUCGCAGGAGCACCAGCACAUCAGGAGGCUCUGGCGCAACAUCGAGCCGCACCUCCGCAGGGCCCUCAACACCUUAUAUGUCAAGGAGGUCAACAGUGCGCAGUACAGUGAGAUGCAGAAGCUGAUGGAGCAGAGCGACAACAAACUGCCAACAGUGAACACCAUCUCCGGCGGCACUGCACAGGUGGAGCUGCCGUACUACUCCAAGUUCCUCCUACUUGCCUCCUACUUGGCCUCCUACAACCCUGCGCGCUCCGACCGCCGCUACUUCCUCAAGCAUCACGGCAAGCAGAAGAAAACGCAAGCCAUGAUAAAAGAUGCCGUGUUGUUUCUUUCCUCCAGGACCGUGGACUUCGACAUCGUGCGCUACCUCUACGACUUCGCGUAG